ACAAAAUUUAAAUACACCGAGUUAAAACGCCAAUCGACGUCGUCUUCGAUUCGUACCAGCACAUAUUUUAACUACAAAAAUAGUUAUUGAUAAUCAACCCAUAGUGCUGCACGCUGAAUAAAAAAACACGCCAGUAGAAAAUAUUAUGAACCGUUUGCUACUAACCGCGAUCUGUUUGUGGCUGUACAGUGGAUGGUGCUACGGCGCUCCCGCGGCGGGUCUACUUCUAUCUCAACGGCGGCCAGUCGUUGAGCCGCACUCGAUGCCGCUAGUAGAUACGCUGUACCACGGCCGAAGUCGCGUGUUCGCUUCACGUCAGCAGCAGAAGAAGUCAGCGUCGUCGGCAACGACCGUUUCGGUGCAGGCUCCAGGGGACAGUGGACAGCAGACGGAUGGCGACCAGGACGCUGCGGAUACAAUUGGCUUCAACAUCGGCCUGGGCUUCGGGCUGGAAACGCCACUCCUUGAUUCACUUCUAGAGCGGUUGUUGAGGCGUAAGCAGCUCCUGUUAGCUGCGGCUUCGGCCGCUUAUCCGGGUGCCGCCAGUUGGGGCGUGGCUGGCGGCGGAAGCGGAGGUUAUUUUCCGGGACCGACAGUCGUAUUCCCAUAUGCUGGCGGUGGCGGUGGCGGUGGUAUGGGCGGUGGUGGCGGCGUUCUUCCGUGGAACAGGCCAGCUGCAUAUCCGUUUCCGAUCGUGCCAUCCUUGAACCCGUUCGGUGGUGGUGGUGGAGUGGGCGGCGGUGGAUGGGGUGGUUUCGGCAGUGGCGGCAUCGGCGGUGGUGGUUGGGGUAGCGGUUGGGGCAGUUUCAACCCGCUUUUUGAUUACGACAACGAUUUUGGAUGGAAGAACAACAACGCACAACAAUAAGCCCUCUCGAAUAUUAUGCACUUCAUUAUUAUAAUUAUAAAUAAAUACAUUUUAAUUAAAAAAAUAUAACUGUUUAAUAUUAAG